CACGCGCGCGCCCCUCAGGUCGACCGUGAGUUUGCUAAGCCGAAGCCUCAAACCUAGGACGGCUGACGUCAUGGGCACGCUCUCAUCGUGUGGAGCCUUCUCCGCCCCUAUAACGUCAUACGCAGGCCCCCUCCUACGCUUGCCGCCCGAGCUCUCUCGGAACAGCCCGCCGCCCGCCCCCGUACGCAAGCGUGCGCGCCCUGGCGCAGAUUCUGUGCGCGCCCCCGCCCUCCCUCCCUCCGGGGCUGAGGCGGCUCCCGGCCCGCCCGACAUCCCUCCAUCCCCGGCGGAGGAGGCGGAGCAGCGGCGAGGGAUGCUCUCGCCCGGAGGCGGAGGAGCGGUGGCGGCCAAGGGCAUCAGCGCAGAGGAGGGCAUGGCGGUAGCACGGACCUAAAGAUGGAAAGAGCUGGGAAAGGAGGAGGAGGCAGGAAUGCAGGAGGGGGUUCUGGUGUCAGCAGAAGCAGCCUUUAUCCCCAGGCCCAGCAGCAGUCCCAGUGUCCACACUACCCACCACCUGCAGGCACUGCUGUCUGCCAAACUGGGGCCACUGUGGAAAUCCAGGAGCUGGCCUCAAAGCGGGUAGACAUCCAAAAGAAGAGGUUCUACCUUGAUGUCAAGCAGAGUCCCCGUGGCAGGUUCCUCAAGAUUGCUGAGGUCUGGAUAGGCAGAGGACGUCAGGACAAUAUCCGUAAGAGCAAACUGACCCUCUCGCUGUCUGUGGCAGCAGAGCUGAAGGAGUGCCUCGGGGAUUUCAUUGAGCACUAUGCCCACCUGGGCCUGAAAGCCCACCGGCCAGAACAUGGCCACGACCAAGAACAUGAUGCCAGGAGGCGACCACAGUCCUCAGCACCAUCCCCCCCAGCCUCUGUAGUAUCCGAAGAACACCCUCACAGUGUGCUCAAGACAGACUACAUUGAAAGAGACAAUAGGAAAUACUAUCUAGACCUGAAGGAAAACCAGCGGGGCCGCUUCCUCAGGAUAAGACAGACUCUGACCCGAGGCCCUGGAGGCAUGGGUUACUUUGGUCACACCUUGGGCCAAGAACAAACAAUCGUCCUCCCAGCCCAAGGAAUGAUUGAGUUCAGAGAUGCCUUGGUCCAACUCAUUGAAGACUAUGGUAAUGGUGACUUGGAAGAACCACACAGAGGUGGGGAAGAGGAACCCCUGGAGCUCCCCGAGGGCACAUCCUUCAGGGUGGACAACAAGAGGUUCUACUUUGAUGUGGGCUCCAAUCGCUAUGGGGUUUUCCUCAAGGUAAGUGAAGUGAGACCCCCUUACCGUAACACAGUCACUGUUCCAUACAAAGCAUGGACGAGGUUUGGGGAGAAUUUUAUCAAGUACGAAGAGGAGAUGAGGAGAAUUUGCAACAGCCAUAAAGAACAGAGGAUGGAUGUCAGAAGGGACAGUGGUGAAGAACAAGAAGGUCUCGACUAGAGCCCCAGUGACCCAUCUGUCUGUCCUCCGUCUGUUGUGAUUUAGAGAAGCAUUCCUUCCUUUGAGGCCCCCCCUUUCCCAUUACAGCUCCGGUCCCUUCACUUUCAGGAAUCCAGUUGUCCUAGUUACACUACAUAGAACCCAGUAGAAGCCUCCCUGGGAGGUCGUGGGGGAAUUCCAGCCUUCCUAAAGCUGCAUCAUUAGCAGCUUCAAGCACUCAAGACUUAACCCAGGCAGGUCAGCCCAGUGGUGACAUUCUAACCUUUAGGAUUAGAGGCGAGGUUUGCGUUGAUUGCACUAUUACCCAAUCCCAAGAAGAUACCUGAGCCUACUGUAGAAGGCUGGACUUUCUACCUGACAGGUUUCCCAAAGGAGAAGUUAGUGAAAAGCUGCUAGGAUCAAGUGUAGGGAAUCUGCCACCAGAACAAUACUGGACUACCCGUCGUCUGCAUUGAUGCUCACAAGCAAAUGUAGAAAUCUUAAAACAUUUCAUUGGCUACUGAAUCUGAAAUGUUCAUACCAUACAAGGGUAGAAAUCUUGGGAGCCACCCAACUCCUUAGGAAGAUCACUGACAUACCCUAAUUGGAUGAGUAAAAAUGCCAUGGUGUUUUGUGAUUACAUCAUUGAAGAGCCUCCAUGCCCUUGACAUGCACCACCACAAAGCCAUGGGAGAAGGAUAAAGUAGGAUCCAAGUGGGUAGAGAUCAGCCCAGUAGUUAGUUACAGGACGGAUGUCAUAGAAGGAUGCCCUUCUGUGGGGACUGGAAUUUGAGAUGGAUAUUUUAAUGGUUUUUCUGAAUUUUGAAAACUAUUUUUAUAUCCUUGUUGAGUGAGGGGGAGGGGAAAAGGUGAGGGAGACUCCAUCUAGUGGCUUUGCGGUGGGAAUGUUGUCAUGGAGCAUGUUCUCCAGACCUGAGAAGAUUAAGGCUUUUCUUCUCAGAUGUUAGCUGACAUUAACGGUGGCAAGUGAAGAUCAUUUAGGCUUCUCCUUAGAAAGAGUAGUUAAGGGUUGUAACAGAUAGAUACAGAAAUACACCGUAAUUACGGACUUGAGUAGCACCUUUAUGAUUCAGCUGAUAAGGCUGUCUCAACACUUCCAAUAGAAACGUGUAAUGUACAGACUGGCUACAGCCAGAAAGAGGAUUUUCCAGACUGUGUCAUGGUGGGAGAAAGUUAUUUAAAGCUUGGUUGUAGGCACAUUUCAAAACAAAAAAUAGGUGCUUUUUCUAAAAGGUUUUCUUUACAGAAGAUCUAUCUUUUUAUCUGUUUUUAAUAUUAAUUUCUAGAAAGCCCCAGCAAUUUUUCAUCACCUAAUUGGUUGUUUUUUUUUUCCAACAAGUGAGCACAAUACACGCGUGCUCCAGCCAACUUUCUUCUAAUUGAAUGAAAUUUCAUCUCUCGCACUGCAUUUUCCUGUGAAUGAAAUGAUUGCCCUUCAUCUUGGCUUUAUUCUGCUCCCACAUCGCCUAAGAGUCAAACACUGAUUUCAGUCCCCAAAAGCUGCUCUCCGGGAUCUUUGUGAGAGCUGCUUACAGGGGCUGAGGACAGAGCAUGGCCCUUAGCAUCUGUUGUUUUUAAAAGUCUAAAAUAUUUUACAAAAAAAGUUUUGCACUAAAGUUGCUCCAGAAUGCACUUCAGUAAGAUUGAUCAGAAAAUGUCACGGUCCUGAUGGAAAGAGGAGAUUACAGAGGGUGAUGGCUCCUUUCUGUGACCCAGCAGCACUUUAGGCACUAGGGCUUAGGGACAGAUAUGGUCUAUUGCAAGGGAACCUUCCUGAGCUCAUUGCAUGUCACUGGACCAUCUGGAUCUCUUCGAGGGUAACAAUAGCCCAUUGGGCUCCUGACACAUGUGGUAGGGGUCGAGGCACUCCAAGAAGCAAGGCUGUUUUCAAGAAGUCGCAAAUGUGAGUAGAAAGAUUCUGUGACUUUGCUUAAAGUCCAGUGCCGUACACUUGGACCCCUGGCUACACAAGGCCCCUUGCCGGUGGGACGACCACCAUGUUACAUUGCAAGCUCCCACUGCUGGGGGUGACCUGGCCCAGUGGGCAUUCCUACCUAAAGUCGUCUCUUUCAAUGUUCCAGUCUAAAGCGUGUGGCGUCAGUCGAUAGUCAAUGCUUCCUCUCUUGGUUUUUUUAGUCUGAUACAGAGGAAGCAUCCGUGCCCCAAUGCAAAUGCUUGUAACCAGUGUUCGUGUUGGCAUCGUUUUGCACCAGGUUUUUCUUUAGAAUAAUUAUAUAAUGGAUUAGUUAAGCGAAUAACAUUCUCACAUGGAUACAUACUAUACGAGAAAAAAAUCAUCUGAGAGCUUUCAGUUGGACUGAUGAGUUUUAACUGUUGUGGUCUAGUUAUAGCCAACCUGUUGAAUAUUCUGUAAACUAAAUAAUGUGUAUAACUUUAACCCUUUUAUUUCUUUUUCCCAUGACUUAUACUUCUUUUUAAAAUGAAGGGAAAUGGUGUUUUUGUAAGGAAGACAUCCAGGAAGUCACUAGCCAUAGGCUGACAAAAUCCAACUCAGAAUUUAGAUACUAAGGCACCUAUGGCCAUGCAUCUCCUAAAACGAGCUAUUAUUUUUGCAUGUGCAAUACACAUUUUAUUUAUUGUCAUUUAUCAUUUUACAUGGAGUUGUGCAAAAGAAGGGGAACCCCUGCCUUGCGGACAGUCAGUUCUAAAGGUGCCUGGAUUUUAGGGGCACAGAAGCGCAUUUAUGUUUAUAACCUGCUGCAUUUACUCUUUUUCAAAACCAAAACCACUUGUUCUCUGUGCAUUCCUAAAGCACUUGAUAUUUGCACAUUGGAAUCCAAGGAGAAAAAAUUCAAAAUGUAAUAAAAACAUGAGUGGAUAGGACUAAAUUUGGAAACAGUUCCUACCCACUUAUGGCAAUGGCAUGCUCCCAGUGGUCACUUGCCUGCAGAAGGAGGAGCAUUGCCAUAUCCAGAAGUAUUCCACUUCAGGUGGGUUUCAAAUUGUUUUCAUUGUUUAAACCCCAAACUUCCGUGUCCCUUAAACUUGAGUAAAACACAAGCUUAUUUGCACUAAAGAAUGUGGCCAAAAAUGAAAUUAAAACUAGGACAGGGUCGAGACAAGGAAUUGGAACCUCUUGAAAAAAUUGGUUCUUUGGGAAAAUUUCACAUUCGCACCCCCACCUCUAUUUUGAAACUGUAUGGUCCAGGCAGAAAUGUUUGCCAGUUCACUAAUUUAAUAAUUUAAUAAUGAUGAUAAUGCACUUUACCUUUUGUAUAUAAUAUGUACAUUGCUGCUGCCUGAUGGGUGGAAUGUGCUUUGGUAAAUAUAUCUAGUCAGUAUCUAUGUAGAGUGUUCUUUUGCAUGUAGAUGUUUUCUUAGAGAUAUUGUACUCACUAGAACCCAGUGAAUUGGUGUUAUAGAGGAGAACAGAAAAAAAAGAAAGAAAGAAAAUUAGAAAUCUCAGAAUCAUUUAUAGUGAACUUUCAAGUAAGCUUCACAUCUGUAUUCAUCAAGGCCUAGAUUCAAUAAAAACAAAUUCUUACUUGGUUUAGUAGUAUAACAUUGCUCAUUAAGGAUUCCCUCCAAAUUCGUUUUGGUGGUUUUCUUUAAGCCAUCCUAGUGCUGAUGGUAAUUCCAAGUCAGGCUGUCCUUUUUCCCCCUUCUGGUCCAUGCAAAGUGCAAAGUCCAUGGCAAUGGUACUAUUGAUCAUAACCAGAGGGGAUUGUGGAAAGGUACUCUGGGUGCUUUGUUAGGAUCUUAAAGUUUGUUCAUCUAGCCUGGCAGUGUCCAGAAAAUAGAUUCUCACUCAGUAAACUGAAGAAAUGAGUGGGCAUGUUCAAGAAGCCCAAAAAGCAGACCUUUGAUUGGCCAAAAUCCAUCCCAGAUUGUUAUAAAUUGGCACAAGUUGGACCUUGCUUCAGCUCCCAGCACUGGGAAACCCCAGGGCACCCUUCCAUUUUGAUUUCUGUGUGAGAUGGAUGACUGAAAUAUGGAAUAAUUGUAACUCAACAGCUAUGUAUGUUUCCAAGAAAGAAACAGUGUUCCUUCUUGGAGUGCUGAUGUUUGUUAUAUGUGUGUAUAUAAGUACAUAUUUAUGAAUAGGCAUACUAUUUUCAACUCUAUUUCUAUGUGUUUAUAUUGUAGUUUUGCAAAUUUUUCAGUGAAACAAUCAAUUUAGCUGAGCUGCACAAUUUAAAGAUGAAGAAAGACAGAGAUACUUCAUUUUUAGGGGGGGAAACAGCUUUAUAUCACUAAAGGUCAUGCAUAUGUCAUUUUCCAUCUCUUUAAAAUUCUUUUGUAGUUUAUUUGUAAUUUGGGGGAGGGGAGGAAAUAGGACUCCUUUUGGCAUUUGGAAAAAGGAACCCAGUGGUUUUCUAAAAACAAUUUUUAGUGAGUUUUUUUAAAACUAAAUCUCCACAUAUCUUUCAUAGGAAAUACAGUUUUAAAACCCUUUUCCUAGCUUUAUAAAUGAGGGUUUGCUGUAGCUCCCCACACUGUUCCAAGUCUGUAUUUAUAUGCUAAAAAACUGUGAAUAUUUGGCAGGAUAAAAUCAUUUCAAGAUCCAAAAUAAACCAGAGUUUUAAACUGGCUUCAUACCUACACAAUUCAACAAAACCAAGAAAGUUCUAUUCCCCGUUUGUCACUGCCAGAACAAAAUAAUUGCACCCUUUUUCAAAGCAUAUUUACACAUUACUUGAAUAUGUGAGGAGAAACCAAAGGGCUGUAGGGAUAAAGAAUGCAUCCAAGUAUCUGGAUUGUAGAGAGAUGUCAAGGAAGGAAUGUCAGAGCUGGGGAGCGAGGGAAAGGGGACAUGGAGAGGAUGCUGACUUGGUGCUGGACAUCCUUUGGUGCCAGAACAUUUCUUGAUGAAAUGAUUCUCCCCUCUCUCACUCUUAUUAUGUCAUUAUAGUGUAGGAGACCCCUUUGGUGUAGGGAAAGAGGAGCACACACGGGCCAAUCCCCAGCAUCUACUCAAUUCCUGAUUCCUACGUCUGACUUAGACUACAAGAUACAGAAUUGUUCCUUCUCAUUUGAUGGGGCUUUAUUACCAUCGAAAUCAUCUCUAUUUUAGAUGCACUAUCUUCAGGAGCAUUUCCAUUUUUUUUAUCAUUGGUAUAGUUGAAAUAUAGCUAAGAUGUUGAUCCUGUCUACACUGUACUUUUGCACAUGUGUGAAAUUGGCUAUGUAUUCCCUAAUUUUUUUCCUAAUAAUUUUUCAAAAGAAAAGCACGUAUAUAAAAGUAUUUAGAAAAAGUACUUGUAUAAAUACCAGGACUUGUGUUCUCCAUUUAAAAGUACUCAAGGAAUCUUGUUAUUUCUGCCCAAAUCACUCAUUCACCAUUUUUUAUCAUCAUCCCUAAAUGAUAUCACUCAGAAAAUGGUUGAGGCUGAAUCAGAGAGAAUUUAGCCCUCCCCUGCUUUAGAUCUCUACAUGUAAUUAGCCCCAUGCUGUAGGCUUUACAUCAUAUUAAGAGACUCUCCAUUUUUAUCACUGAGACUGUUCACACAUUUCAGUCUUCUCUGAUUCUUUAUGACCCCACUUGGGGGUUUUCUUAUUAAAGAUACUGGAAUGGUUUGCCAUUUCCUUCCAGCUCAUUUUAUAAAUAAGGAAAAUGAGGCCAGCAGGGUUAAGUGACUCACCCAGGGUCCCACAGCUAAGACGUAUCUGCGGUCAGUUUUGAACUGAGGAAGAGGAGUCUUCCUAACUCCAGGCCUGGAGCACUGGGCACUUUGACACCACCUAGCUACCCCAUCACUGAGACUACUAAGUCAGAAUUAUCUUUCAUCACCAGCAGAAGGCCUCACCAGGCCAACUGUUACUAUCUAUAAAAGCCAAUCCAGGUGGCUUUCCUGGAUGCUUUCAAUUUACCAACACAAGGACUCUAGACAUUGCGAUUUUUUUCCAGUCAUUUCUUCAAUACUAAACAUUUGCAUAGCCCCUAAGCACUUUGUUCACAAGAAUCCUGUGAUGUGAUAUAUAUCAUGCUACAAGUAUUAGCACCCCUCUUUUAUAGAUAACAGGAGCCUUGAAGAUAAGGGACUAGUCAACAAGUCCCCCAGGGAGUAAGAAUCUGAGACGGGACCUAAAUCCAGAUCACUCUUCUCACUCCUUCUAGGCCUUGCUAACUUCCUGUGUCCAACAUAGAUGAAGAGUUACUGGUCUGUACUUGGGUCUAGUAAAUAAGUAUCCCAGCAUCCAUUCAGAACAACGUCUCUGUAAGGUGGGCCUAGAAUUUGAGAAUACAUCACCGUAUUCAUAGAAAAUGAAAUGGCAUCGAAAUUUCACAAAAAUCUAUCAAACUCUUUAUAAUUUAAAGAAAGGAAGCAAAUGCCUUUUUUCCCCUUAAGAUGUUAAAAUACUUCUGUAGUUAUGAGCAAGAUGUCCUUUUUUGUGAAAUAAGAGCAUGUUAGAAGACAAAUAAUACUUCCAGAAAGGCAGCCAUGGAAUAGUUAUCAGUAUGCUAGAUUUUGAGGCUUAGGAUAUGAGUUCAAAUCCUGGAUCUCUCAAUUCCCUGUAUGACCUGAGGCAAGUCACUGAUCCUCAAAAAAAGGAAGGGAGGGACUUUUGGCUUUGCUAGGCCUGAGUUUCCUCCUCUGUAAAACUUGAGAAUUCAACAAGAUGUUAUAUAAAGUGUCUCCUGGCUCCACUGAGUAAUGUCUAUUCUGAGGGCUUUCUGAUUCAGUAGUCCCAUGACCUCUCCAAGUUCUUCAGACUUGAUGAAAGUAGAGGAAAUAAGACAAUCCCAAGCGACCUAAGCCAUGUGUUUGGCAAUAAAGCAGACAAGUCAAGAUCCAAAAGGAUCCCAACAGGUGAGGCCAUUGACCCAAAUCUCAUAAAAUGCUGUUCAGCAGGAGUGAACUUGAUCAAGUCUUCCAUUUGGAUACAAAAAAUUAAUUCCGUAUGGACAAUGGGUUAUUCCGGAAAGGGUCUGGAAGCUUAGAAGGACUAGCAGCUCAGAACCAGGCAGUACUAGGAUGUGCCCAGAUAGCCACAAAAGAAAGCCAUAUGACUUCAGCCUACCUUAGGAGAGACAGGACUUUUAGACAUGGAAAGGUGACAGUCCUUCUGCCCUCUGCCCUGAAACAUUCAUUUCUUUUUUUUUUUAAACCCUUACCUUCCAUCUUGGAGUCAAUACUGUGUAUUGGCUCCAAAGCAGAAGAGUGGUAAGGGCUAGGCAAUGGGGGUCAAGUGACUUGCCCAGGGUCAUACAGCUGGGAAGUGUCUGAGGCCAGAUUUGAACCGAGGACCUCCUGUCUCUAGGCCUGGCUCUCAAUCCACAGAGCUACCCAGAUGCCCCCGAAACAUUCAUUUCUGAGCACCACAGUUUAACAAAAAUGUUGAAAAGCUAGGGAGUCUCCAAAGGAAGAUAUCCAGGAUAGAGAAAGGUCUGCGUCCAUGUCAAAUGAAGAACAGUUGAGGGCAUUGGGGGUAUUUAGCUUGGAAAAGAGAAGAUGCAAAGAGAUCACUCACUGAAGGGCCAUUGUGUGGAAGAAGGGUAGAAUUUGGCCCACUUGGCCCCAGGAGCAGUGAAGGGAAGAUGAAGCUGAAUGUCUGGACAAACCUAUCCCAGAUAGCUGUCCAAAGUGGCUUGGGUUGUCUCAGAAGGUGAACUCCUUAUCCUUGGAGGCUGAACCUGUCAGGUAGCUUAUGGCAAUUCCUUAUAUCCAACCAAGACCUUAUAUAACCAUCCAAGGCAGGUUGGACCAGGGUCACUGAUGUUCCUUCCCACUCACAGAUUCUCUACGUGGGUGAUUCCUCAUUGCUAAAGGAGCUAUAUGAAAGAGGGAAAAUUCACUUUCAUGGGAAAACUACUUAAAUAUAGGCCAGUGGAAACUUUCUGGGAAUGCUUACUUUCUUAAUUUGGAAGGAUUUUUCAUAGUGAUAUUGGUUUUUUGAUGCUUCAUAUGCUGAUUAUUUCCUCAAAAAAAUCAUUCCUAUAGGCUAUAGGAGUAACUUCUAUAGGUUCUCUACUUGGUGUUCAAGAUUGGUCAGUCUUUGUUUCUUACUUCAACACUCAUCAAGCUUGGCUCUCAUUUUUCAUCGUUCUCUGGGAAAACAUAGAAAUGAAGAUAAUGCUGCAAAAUGAGUUUGAAUGGUAUUUAGGAUCAAAACUUCCCAAUUGAAUAGGACUGGAAGGAAAUGACCUCUGUUGGUUUUGUACUGGGAUAAUAUCAUAAAUCUGAAAAAGCAAGCUGCUAAGAUUAGCGCUUCUUGGUUGUGGCCACCAAAAAUGAUCAAGAUGUUGUGUGGCCUUAAGAAGGACAGAGCUCCCAGGAUUAGGGAGGUGACCUUAACCACAUCUGGAAUUCUGUGUUCAGCUUUGGAAGCCAUAGUUUGUGCAGAGUCUUCAUAAUCCAGAGGAGCCCAACAGGAUGGAAAAGAGCUUUUGUAUUUCUUUAUCUUUCUCCCCAUUCUCUUAAUGCCUCCCUGGGUCACCCAUUUAUUUGGGGGAGUUAGUCCCCAUUUUGCACUGAUGCCCUCCCUUCUCAGUUUCAUUGUCCAUCCAACUUCCUCUCCUUCCCCUUACUCCUACAGGCUAGGCUGUCCAUCUUUAGCAGACAAAGCAAUUUUGGUUUGGAACAUUUGCAGGAACUUCCCCUGGGAUGUUGGGAUUGUUCUUCAUAUGCCUCAGGGUAGAGGAGCAGCAACCACCCUGAAGACAUUUCUCCAUCCUGGUUAAAGAAAACCACUCUUCUAAAGGACCAUCCAAGUCAGAAAGAUAUGGACAAACAUUCGCAUUUAGAUAACAUUUCCAGAAUACUUCUUUCUUUUGCUCAUAAAAUGUUUUCCUCUGAUGCUGAACAUUCUCCUCCCUCCUUUCUUUUUGACAGCAUCCUGAAACAGGUCCUCAUCAAUUUUAAAACUGGUAGGCCAGGCUUCCCUGUCAGACUCCUGGAUAUAGCUUUUGAUUCAUACUGCUCAGUCUUGAAUUUUGUAUCCAUCCACAUUUUGCUCUGCCUCUUGUGAGUUCUUCUAUCCUCCCUCCCCUUUUUUAUUUAAGGAUUCUUUCCAUAGCCUUCCAUAGAUGUAAAACAAGACUGCCUUUUCUCUUUCUCCUGCCAUUUUUUUAUGAUGUAAUCUUUUAUAUUCAGGUCUAAAUCUUAAAAGCAUUUAAGUAACCUUUCUAGGGACAACUAGGUGGCUCUGUGGAUUGAGAGCCAGGCCUAGAGAUGGGAGGUCCUGGGUUCCCAUCUAGCCUUGGAUACCUCACCAUAUGGCCCUGGACAAGUCAUUUAACCUCCAUUGCCUAUCCCUUACUGUUCUUCUGCUUUCGAAGGAAUACAUAGUACUGAUUCUAAGAUGGAAGGUAAGGGUUUAAAAAUAACUUUAAUAAAUAACUUUUCUGUUCAGAUAGUAGGAACAGUUAUAAUAACUGAGGCUCAAAAGAGUUAAUAGAUAUAAAGCACUUUGACAACUUUAAAGGACUCAUGUCUAUAAUCAUUAUCAUGGUAGAGUCAUGGAGACCUCAGAAAUGGAAUCCUCCUCUAAUACUUUGACUCUUGGCCCAUCAAGAGGCUACAACAGCUCUAGAAAGGGUUGGGUCAGCUUUAGGAACAGGCCAGCCACAGUGUAGAAAAUUGAGUUCAGCCCUCUUCUAAGAGCCUCACAUGAGAAGGUAAGAAAUGGACCUCAUCUUCCCCAAAGGCAGGGCAGGUUCCAUUUAAGUUUUAUCAUCUUACAAAAAUCCAUAUUUCUAUUCUUAAUAUUUUUAUUUAAGAAGCAUGGUAUCAACACGCUCUUUGGGAUCUAGUUGUUAGAAAUUAUAUUCCAACAUCUUCAUUGACCCUUGUUGGUACUCUCUUAAGUCUGUGCAUAUUCCUGAUGAGUCAGAGCUGACCAAAUGAAUAAAUGCAUCCAUCCAUGAAAAUGCCACAUUUGAGUGUGUUCAUGAACUCUCCCCAGCCCAGAGCCUGCUACUCUGUAUGACUGUUACCCUCCUACUCCAAAUGAUGUCUUUAGGUUUAAAAAGACUUCAUAGACUAAAGAAUCUGCCCAUCACUGGGGAUACUAAAUAUCAGAGGACCUAGAAACCCCUACGGUUUUCUCUUUUUUCCCUAACCUUCUGUUUUAGAAGUAUUACUAAGUGUUGGUUUUAAAGCAGAAGAGCUAUAAGGGUUCGGUAGUGGGGGUUAAGUAAGCUGCUCAGGGUCACCCAGGUAGGAAGUGUCUGGAGCCAGAAUUGAACCCGGCCCCUCCUGCUCCAGGGUUGGGACUGUCUCCACUGGGCUACAGAGCUGUCCCAGCACCUAAGGUUUUCAUAACCUGUCUUGAAGGCUGACAUUUAUCGGUAGUUUUAAGCUGUUUCUCCACCAAGGGAAACCUGUAACUCAUUAGGACUCAUUGUUUUACGCUAUGGAGUUCAAUUCGGGCUGUAUGCUAAAAUACAAGCACGUGUUUUAUGGCGGGUGUUCAUUCUUUGGAGCGGUUAGACUCUGUUAUGGUAAAAGACUUAAUGGCUAAGAUAUAACCUGACUGAUUGACCAACUGGCGUCCAGAAAGAAAAAAGUAAAUGGAAACUUUCUGUACCCAAAAGGUUCAAAGGACAUAGGAUUCAAAUGUCAUGUUUCUGCCGAGAGUAAUGAAAGGUGCCUUCCAGAGGGAGUCUCCUGUUCACCACAUUGAAUGCCGUUCAUGUAGGGCCCCUCGUCGGAGACUUCUGGCUGGGUGCAGACGGAUAAGUGGGCACCAAACGCCCUUCCCUCUCGAGGUUCUGUAAUUCUUUUAAAAGAACUUAUCUCAGUGGCAAAAAGCCCUUGCGUCAGCAUAAGAGGACCUGGGUUCAAUUCCUGGCUUUGCAACUUACUGCCUAUGUGGCCUGGGCAAGUCAUUUAGCAGCUCUGGGCCCCAGUCCCCUUAUCGAUAUAAUUAGGGGGCAGCCUGGAGGUCUCUUCCAGUUCUCUGUGGGUGAUCCUUUUCACCUUUUUUUCUCGAGCAUAGUAACAUACCUACAAAUUAUAACUCUAAUUUAGAUGCGGCAAUUCAGAUAAAAGCUCUGUAAGUCUGAUAUUUGCACGGACAUAAUUAUGUGGGUGGACCUUGCUGGAUUGGUGAGCCAAAGUACAAACUGAAGUACCCACAACAGCAGAAUAAAAUCAGUGUGUGGGGUGGGGGAAACAACAGCAUGUGCAGAAGGAAGGCCCAGAGCUAUUUCUGCUCCACAGGAGGCAGCCUGCACUGCUUUUCUUUUCCACUUUUCUUUCAUCUCUGCGGUCACUUGAUUGCAAUUUAGUUCCCUGUGCGCAUCCUCCGUUUUGGGGCUGCGGUUUGAUAUGCUGUAGACUUUAAGAGGGCCUACCGAGGCUGGUAGAGCCACGAAUCCCAACAUCAUCCUGCCAGAGGGGCAGCCCCAGGGCCUGCACCAGAGACCUGCUUGUACAAGCCUGUGUCCCUCUCUGCCAACCUGGUGGUUGCCCUAAUUGAGCUCAAGGCGUUGGUUUGAAGCCACUCCAUUUGUUCUCUCUCAUAAUAGCUUCCUUUCCCAUUACCCAGACCUCCAGCAAGCAGAUCAUACCUUUUGCUCAGAGCCCUGCUAAGAGCCCGGGUGUAUUGCCCCAGUUCAGCUGGCUCUUUUUAGAUCAUGUCCCUGCUCUGACCCCAGAAGGCCAGAGGACCAGGGCUGUUACUCCCUCAGACAGGCUGUCCAAGUUCAUUUGGUUCCCUUUCUCCUUCCCCUUCCCUCUUCUUCUUUCCCCACCAGAAGGUUGAAGGAAAUGAAAAGUGUUUAACUUGGAAACAGGGAUGGGCCUCUUUGUCCUCUAACUUCCCUUCUUGGUGAAUUAGCCAAAGGCAAAGCUCGGCCCGGGCAGUAUCCCCCAUGGCUCCCACAUGGCUGGUUUUUAAUAAAGGCUUUUUCAUUUCCUUAGCCGUAUGUGCCAUGUACAGGUUAGUGCAUACAGAUGGAGCCUUCCUAGGCAAGGAAACCACUCAGCAAAUAUAAUGCCCUUUUCUUCUAGGUUUUCUGACAGAACAUUCAGGUCUUAACUGAGCCCACAAGUUUAAGUUGAAAUGGUUUCCCUGGCAGCCAUUCAGCCACCCCGUCCCCAGUCCUCAGGCCAGUGCCUGGUGCAUACACAGUAGGUACUGAGACCGUCCAUCUCCUGAACACUGGUGCUUUUGACCAGCAUCUCCGGACUCCAUCUCCUGUAGUCCCAGUAUUCAGUGUCUUCUUUUUCAUUGGCUUCAUACCCACCCCACUUGAUUUGAGUGUUUUGGGUGAUUUUUCCUCUUCUUAGUAUUUCAGCUUCCCCAGCCUCAUUGGUCAUAUUUCUCAGUUUGCCUCCCCUGCCAUCCAGUCUUAAAGAUGCUGAUCCAUUCAUGUUUUGUGGACAUGUUCUUCUGUCUCAAUGUGAACUUAGGACUACAAAGUAACUACAUUUACUUAAAUUGAAUUUGUCUAUAAUAAAAGGAGGUGUGAUUCUGGUGUCAUCAGGAUGGAGGCUGCUAGAGAUCCCAGAUUCCCUUGGAUUCCUGUCAUUUUGGUGCUCUCCAUCUCCCAACAGUACUUGGAAUUCUGAAAUGGAUAUGGGAUCCCAUCAGCAGAGAUUCUACUGGGCUGUACACACAAAACACAAAAUGGGCCCAGGUUAGCAAUGUGGUCACCAUUUGACUCAGUGUUCCAGAAUGCCUCAAGACUAUAUAUUGUCCGGGGUUCAGGUUUUUUUCUAAUAUAUUAUGGAGGGAAUUGAUAGAUUCUCUACGAUUUAAUAGGCCCGUGUUUGCUGAACUCUUCCACAAUUUCUUCCUGAAUCAGACUGAGCUUUAUACAGCUUUGUGGGGAGUAUACUGCUCAAGCUUUGCAUAGAAAAGGCUUAUCAAUCACAAAUAAAAAAUGGCAUUUCCCAAGUGUCACCAAACAACCCCACCUCCCCCAAUCGGAGGUAAAAUCUUCAAGACUUUUCCCCUAAUGUUUCAUAUGAGGAAAGCCCUAGUGACAGUGUUGGGGCAGAGGGCCCAACCAUGUUCACUCCACAAAGACAGCAAAGUGAAGCCACUGUUAUUAAAUCAGUUAACUCGUGUUGCCCAGCCUGAAAGUUAUUUACUGGAUUUCAGCUCAAUGAGUCAUUAACCAUCCCACCAGUUUAUCAUGGGUUUCAAAGUAUUUGUGAUAAUUCCUGUUUUAGACAUUAUGAAAACAUUGAGUACUCCACGAAUCCUUCUAGGAAAAUAGUAUGGAAUUUAUUUAAAACAAUCUAUGAGAAAAGGCAGCAACAUGGCUUAUGGGCUAGAUAACUGGCUUAAGCAUCCAGAAGAAUUAAAUUCUGGUCCUUCCUCUGACACCUCCUAGUAUGUAACCCUCCCUGGGCAAAUCUCAGGUCAUUUCUUGGUGUUUGAGUCUGUAAGCGCCUGAGCUGCUGUUCUGCAAGAGUGGAGGGAAUUCUUCCCUAGGAUCUCUUAAAAUGUGUGAAAUCACAGCUCUGCCCCAAAUCUGCAAGUUCUGAAAAAUUCUUCGUGGUUUUUCUAAGAUACUGUAAAUCUGACAUUUUCCUUUGGGGAUGAGAUCAGUAUCCUGGUAUUUUUCCUGUGGGUGGUCUUUCUUUGUUCAAUUUGUUUUUCAAAUUCAUUAUCCUUUGGUUCCGGAAAAAAAAAAAACAACCCUAAAUUCCUAAGGUACUAAGUAGUAAAGGUACUAAAAAGCACCUUAGAAGUUAUCACGGCAAACCCCUUCAUUUUACAGAUGAGAAAACUGAGGCCCAGAGAGAUGUGACAGAGGCAAGUUCCAAGACCAGGUCCUCUUGUUCCCAAUUUAGCCAACUUUCCAGGCUGGGCAAAGUAGUUUGUCCAAAAACAUUAGUAUUUCUGCUGUAUUCCAUUUUUUUUUUCUUUUUAAACAAAUCAAAUGAGAGAACAUAUAAUAUUCUCUAAAGGCCAGCUAUUACCAACAAUUUCCAAAUUAGUAUGCUGUAUGCUUGUAGGUGCCUAAUAAGUGAUUGUUGAUGGAUGAGUCUUGUGGAAAGUAUAGACAUUCUACUUGUUACUCCAUUAGAAUUAGUUUGCAUUUUUCCCAUAAUAUUCAUUUUUGUAAGUGAAUAAUCUUGUAGAGAGAAACCCCAAAUCAUAUAUCCAAAUAAAUAAAUGAUAAAUCCUAUGCUUUCAUCUGUAUUCCAACUCCAACAAUUCUUUCGCUAGAUGUGAAGAGCAUUCUUCUUCAUUAGUCCCUCAGAAUUGUCCUGGAUCAUUGUACUGCUAUUAGUAGCAAAGUCAUAACAUUUGAUCAUUCCAAAAUAUUGCUGCUACUGUGUACAAUGUUUUCCUGGUUCUGCUUAUUUCACUGUGCAUCAGUUCACAUAGGUCUUUCUAGCUCUUUUUGAAAACAUCCUGUUCAUCAUUUCUCAUAACACAAUAGUAUUGCAUCACCAUCAUAUACCACAAUUUGUUCAGCCAUUCCUCAGUGGACAGACGUCCCCUCAAUUUCCAUUCUUUGCCACCACAAAAGGAGCAGCUAUAAAUGUUUUUGUACAAGUGGGUCCUUCCCCAUUUAAAAAAUUAUUUUUUAUUUCUUUGGGAUACAGACCCAGUAGUAGUAUUACUAGAUCAAAGUAUGCAUUGUUUUUAGCCUUUGGGGCAUAAUUCCAAAUUGCCCUCCAGAAUGGUUGGAUCAGUUCAGAGCUCCACCAACAAUGCAUCAGUGUCCCCAUUUUGCCACAUCCCCUCCAACAUUUACCAUUCUCCUUUAUGGACAUAUUGGCCAAUCUGAUAGAUGUGAGUUGUAGUUUGGAAUUUUUUGAUUUGAAAAAAUUCUACCAGUCAAAAGAUGGUGGAGGGAUGGGAGGCAGGGUUUGCCUGAACAGCAGUUUAAUGAAAAAAUCUGGGGGAUUAAAUGGACAAAGAGAUCCCGUGGCAUCUAGAUGCAGCCCAACACCCAUAAAGACCAAACAGUGUUAUAUUUAGAGAAUCCAGAAAGGAAAGUGGCAGUCUCAGUGUACUCCAGACCUUACUAGACAACUGUAGGAUGUUGGCAGAUGUGAAUAUGUCCAGAAACAGGUGACCAGAGUAAUGAAGGACCUGAAGACCAAGGCAUGCAAGGGUCACUGGGAAAAAAUGCUAACUUUGGGCCCACAGAAGAAGAGGCAUAGGGGGAUCAAGCUAGCUGGCUGUUAUGGGGGUGGGAAGGAAAUCAAGCUCCCUCUUCCUGGCUCUAGCAAGGCAGAGAACCUUCCCUACUCAAGCCCUGCAAAAAUGCAGUGGGGUGGGCUGCCUCAGGAAGUAGUGGGCUCUGCUCCUCUCCAAUUGUUCACAAUUCUGUCACUGUAAUUCCUUCCUGCACUGCCUGGGGUGCUCUGUAUAUGACUCUGUGAUUGGGCACAAGAUUUAUACACGGUCCCAUUUUUCAUAUUCUAAAAGAUGUGCAAAAUGAUGGUGAUCCUUUUUUAUAUAAACGCCAUAUUUAGUCUGCAGUCUUCAAAUCUUUACUGCUGGUCACACCUAUAUAAUAUCAUGCCAGCUGCCACCUAAUUCAAAAUUUAGCUUACAAGACCUCUUGUACUAUAGAAACACUCAUCUAUUUUUUCCCAGUGAAAUAAAUGGCCACAAUUCAGCCCUCAAAGAAGACUCUUUUGUUUGAAUUUCCUGUUAAUAAAGGCAGCCAAUACUGGAUGGGACAUGUUUCAUUAGGGCAAGCAUACAGAAACAUGGCAGUACUAUUGUCAAACUUGAAUUGCAAAAGGAAUCAAAUAAAUGAAGGAUUACACUUCUCUAAAUAAAAAUUUUGCAACUAAUUAUUAAUUCACUAGUUUCCAAUACUUUCUAACAAGAUCCAUAGUGUGGCAUACUAUAUAAAGACACAACCUCAGUCAGAAAGGCCUGUGUUCAAAUCCAGCUACAUGCCCCUAGACAAGUGACUUGACUUGUCUGUAUUUUAACCAACUUUCUUUUGGGAUUUUGGGGGAGUUUUCGCACAUGCUUGCAAACAAACAUUUUAAACAUUCUUUUUAAAAAUAAUUUUGAAUUCCAAAUUUUCUCCCUCCCUUUGUCCCCUCUACCUUCCUUGAGAAGGUAAGCAAUUUGCUGUAAUUAUACAUGUGCAGUCAUGCAAAACACAUCCAUAUUAGCCAUGAAAGCAACUCUCCUAAGAAGAGGUUCUUAACCAGUUUUGUGUCCUGCUCCCUCUAGCAGGCCAGUCAAGUCAACAAAUUGGAUUUAUUAAAUGCCUACUAUGUACCAAGCACUAUACUAAGCAUUCGGUGAGACCUAUGAACCCUUCUCAAAGUAUUUUUAAAUGCAUAAAAUCCAUAGAAAAGAAAACCAAAUAUUUUUAAAUAAAGCUGUUAUCAAAAUAUUGAUAAACUAGUUCACUGACUUCAGCUUAAGAUUCUCUGCAUCUAAGUGGCAGAGAAAGUAACAGCCUACAUUGGUAGAGGGAGAAUCCUCACUGGGAGUUCCCUAUGUCAAUGAAGUCACCAGUCCAAUCCAUAGUUUUUUUCUGAGAUUUUUCAUCUAUUUUAUUUCUAUGAUAUAGCAAGUCGCUUUGAAAUCAGAGGACUUGGGCUCAAAUAUUGGCUUCAAAACCUUUCUCCUUACUGAAGCCCAAAGCAAACCUCUUUGUUGAAAACAGACAAUAAAUGUCACUCACUCUGUAAAGGGAAAAGACAGCCCAUCACCUUCCCCAGUGAACAUAACAGCCACUGAGACUGAUCUAUUGUCAGAAAGGCUCUUUCUAUCUAAGGAUAGAAUCAGUGAUGCACACUCCUUGGCCUUCCACCAGCCUUAACUUUGUUGGUGGAGCCUCCAAGGAUGCACAGUCAAUUUACAAGCAUAAUUAAGAACCUAAGUGGAGGUGACAAACAUUAUGCUAAGCGCUAAGAAGACAAGAGACAGCCAUGAAAUGGGUCCUGACCUCAGGAGCUCCCACCCUAUAGGAGAAACAACUUAUACACAUACAAGUAUACAGAGAAAAAGAAUAAAGACCAGUGAAGACCCUUUCCAACUCCGGAAUCAUUGUAAUCUGUCUACAAUGCUGAACCAGCCACACCAUACACCAGCAUCAAUUUAGAUUGCCAUUUUUCUUCACUAUAAAGAAAAUGAAUGGGAUAUUCAGGCAAAAUGAUGGGUAUAUUUUAAAUUGUCUAAUAGAAUAAUGCAAAGAGGCAUCCAAAGCUGCCUCUUGAAGCUGUGUAUUGAUAAAAUGGGGAUGUAUGCCUCCUAGCAGUGUUCAACAUUGUCAUUAAGAACCUCCCAACACUGAAAAUGAAAGAGCUUCUCCCAACUGAUCGUGAGGUCCUCCCAUCUCGGAGCUUUUUGGUGGGUGACAUUGUGCCGACUCCAUCAAGAUUACCAACCCAACAGAGCUCCCAAAGGAGACUUGAAGUUUGAGGUAAAUAUCCACAUAGGAAAAAGAAAAACCAAGCAGUUGAAAAAUGUCCAUUAUCCCAACUUGGAAAUGCUACUGAAUGGACAGCCUCUAGAGUUCAUAAGUGCGGCAGACUCUACAGGUGAACAGCAGGAAGACCCAGGAUCAAAGAGGAAGCGAAAAGCAGUCUUUGCCCUGGGGGAAGGGGGUUGCUAUAUUUCUUUUUUUUUUAAAAAGAGCAAUAAGGGCUAAACAACGGGGGGUCAAGUGACUUGCCCAGGGUUAUCUCAGUGACAUUGGAUGUCAUGGAAUCCUGCCCUUUCCAAUAAUUGAAAUAGAAAACCAUUUAAAAGGCCAUGAACCAGGCCUAGAGAUAGGAGAUCCCAGGUUCAAAUCUGACCUCAGACACUUCCCAGCUGUGUUACCUUGGGCAAGUCACUUGACCCCCAUUGCCUAGCCCUUCCCACUCUUCUACCUUAGAACCAAUGUUCUAAGACUGAAGGUAGGAGUUUUUUAAAAAAGGCCAGGCUCCUCAAGCUGUAACACAUUACAAACCCAACAUGUUUGAAAGGAGUGACUCUGAUGUUGCCAUUGAAGAAAUGUUUGCCAGGAAAAGAGAUGGAUGCGUACAGAUCCAAAGCAACCCAGGGGCGUCCACAUGCACUCUUGGUCUCCAUGGCACAUCACGAGAAGUAGGGGAAUGAGCCCAGCAUAUUACAUGGACACCUGGGGCAGAUUCACGGGAGAGUUUGGACAAAACUUGUCCUGGAUGGCUGGCAGGAGAGCCCACAGAUAGGAUCACAAAACUGUUGUGGAGAAAGGGGACCAGAGAAGUACUGUGGGCUAUUCUACAUGUAUGGUUUUCAGGAGUCCGUUUGCUUUUGACAAGCUUCUGUUGUCCAUCAGUUCUAAUGCCAACAUCCCCAGAGACACCCAUUCAUAACACAGUGCAUGGACAUUAACUAGAUCCAUGUAUGUAUCUGCAGUCUCAUUGUACCUCCUUCUAUCCUUACAUCUCUUUAACAGAAAGGAGAAACCCUGGUAAACCCUGGCUAAAUCUACUAAAAAAGACAGAAUUUCAUUGUGAAUAUUAUGGUCCUCCAUAUCAAACAUAUCAAUGUCACUAGUCCUUCUCAUUGCCACAGAACAGGUUUUAUUCACCAGAGCAGAUUCCUAGCCUCAUUUUAGCCUUCAGAGAUAGGAAAUCGAUGCUAUUUGUCAUGAGCAUUGCAGUGUUAGAGCCAGGCACUGGCAUUGCUAAUCAUCCCAAGCAUAUCAAACACCCCUACCAACAAAUGCUUUUCCUGUGCAAGGAAGACAGCCCUCUGUGCUAUAGAAGACUUUCCCCAGACUCUGAUUCCGUUGGGUGUGAGGAUUGCUUUCCUGGCCAGGGGCUGCAUUGGGGGGCAUGAAAAAGCUUGUCAAGGAAGGACAGGAAAUACUUGGGAAAUUACUCUUGGAGUACUAUCAUGUUGAAAUUAGUCCAUUUGCUUUCUUCUGCACAGGCCAGGGGUUCUAUUCUAUUCUCAACCUCAGUAACUUCCUCUGAAAUGUCAUGAAGAUUCGGUAGCAUGAGACUAUUUAACUGGCACCUGUGUCUAUAUUUUUAUUUUCUAAGAUACUAAAGUGAUUGAUUAGGCCCAGUUUAACCUGAUUCCUUUGUGGCAGUGUAGCUAUUCUCCAAGCCGCAAGGUUAUGAGGCACUGCUUUUAUUGUUCUAUACAAGUAUUGCACUUCAGAGAAGAAUAUUGUCACCCCUCAUGAUCUCUUGCCUUGAUUAGAGUAGCAGCCUUCAAACUGGCCUACUCUGGCUUCUCUCCUCUCUGGUCCAUGUUUCAUAGAACCCCCAAAACAAUCUUUCUAAUGUACAUCUCUAGUCCCAUUCCUCCCCAUUGACAUGUUCCUCUAAGGCCCUCUGGAGCACAGCUGUGACCUUUCUUUCCAGCCUUAUUUCUCUCCAAACUCAAUCAUUCAUCCUGGGCUACAGCUGACCAAACUCUUAAGCUGGUCUCUGAUCUUCUUCUUCCUCAGUACAAAGCACCCCCAUGCCUGGAGAGCACUCUCCACAUCUCCCAUCUGUUAAUGUUGACUGGCUUCUAAUCCUUCAAAGACCAGCUUAAAUGCUAUCUUCUCAAUGAAGCCUGCCCUUCUUCCUUCCUUCUCCCAGCCCCAUCCCUACAUAUUAGCUCUGCCUCCUUUGCCCUGUCAUGCAAACUUAACUUAUUCUUUGUGGUGUCUGCCUUGCCACUCAGUCAGAUUUAAAUUAAAAACUAUACUUUUUAAUUGUAUAUCCAAAGCGCCUAGAACCUUGCAGGCACUAUUAGUGUGUCUGCCACCAAAUCCAAAUGUUGCUCAUGUGAAAGAAGUAAUCUUUGGUAUGUUCUCAGAAGGAAUGCUGCUGGAUCGAUCCUCAGCACAUGGCAGCCCUCUCCAGCCAUGGAAUCAGUAGGCCUGGCUUGAAAACUAUGGACUUCACUUAAAUCCAGUGAAGCCUCCUGCCCAUACACCCUCUGUUUGCAAAAUACUUACUAAUGCCAAUAAGAACUUGAUGAAAAAGGGACCUUUCGUUUUUGUCCUGUUCCCUAGUUUUUAAGAUUCAUUCAAUGAAGUGACAUUUUAUCAUCCUUUGUUCCCAUUCUUGGGCUUCAUUCCCGGAUGUCCUAUGACUAUAUUCUCGUCGUAACUUGCAUAGACUGUGUCUAUGUAAAUGCUUGUGUAGGAAGACUAAGAAUCAAUGUCUUCAAAAACCUAUUGGCUUGAUUUCCAAUUUUAAGAAGGAACUGUUAAGAGUUAAGGGGCUGACCUUGCAUCUUACACCCUUGUUUUAUUUAUUUAUUAUAUCUAAUCUGCUUAGAGUUUGAAAGAGAGCAAGAGUACAAAAGCUAGCUUAAUGCAUAAUCAGAUUGCUAAAAAUUGGCUAGCUAUAAGCCAUUAUGAAAAAAAGAGGUCUUUCAUGAAACUCUUAUGUCAAAAUAUUCAAAAAGCUUGCCAAAACAGCUCGUAAUGAUGCUUUUCAGGCCUUACAGGGAUGCAGGAGCUAAAUUAAGGAUUGAAUAAUCACAGUAGCAAAGAUCCUUAAAUGUUAUGAAAAACUGUUGGUUUUUGAAAGUUGUAAUUAUUUUCUGGUAAUUUAUCUUAUGCUAGAUUUGUAAAAUUGUAGUUCAGUGAUGUUUAAAAAAGGAAUGUGUAAACCACCUACUUGUCAUUGCACAUAUAAGAGAAAUGUAGCAUGAGCACUGUGGCACCUUGGUUAAGGAACAUGUAAUUGCUGUUCCCGUUUCUUCCUUCCUCCCCAGGAGCCCUUCUGCCCAAACCCCCAAUCAAGGCUGGCCUUGGGUGAUGGUAGUGGUAGUGGUGGUGGAGAGGGGAGUCUGUGUGUAUGUAUAUGUGUUCUGGGUAUGCCCCAUUGUGGGGCCAGUCUUCUCCAUUCCCUGAAAGAUUGCACAUCCUUUUGCUGUUAGCACCAAGAUGUUUCUCCCUUUUUAUAUGUCCCUACCUUCACUCUCAUCCCAUUUUUUUAGCAUUUGCCCUGGCAGAUAUUUAAAAUUCAUCCUUUGGCCAUGAGAAAAGAUCUGGAAUAGUCGCUUCCUGGAGUCUGACUUGAAUAACUUGCUGGGAAGAGAAUCUCCAAACAUGCAUUUCUGUAGCUUCUAUUUGUUGUAACUGAGUGGAUGGUAACUAGUCAGCCUCAGUUUACCCUGAACUCUGGGGCCAUCAAGACAACCAAGCCCACAGGUCUGGUUCAGAAGGAAAGCCCAGUAAAACCAAAGAACCAUAAAGACCCUGGUGGGAACUGGAACAGUCUAGGGUGAUGGAUAAUAGGCCCUGUGUUUUAUGGUGGGAAAUGACAAAUCUAAGUUUUAAAAUAGAAGAUUUUUUUGGAGGGGGAGGGGGCACGGCUUUGUUGUGAUACCAUGGCUGAUGAUGCUGAAAACUGGUAUCAGUAUUGAAUAAGCAAGGCUGAGAUCGUCAUUGAGAUUCUGCACACACCGUUGCAAUAAAAAGCAUUCGUCGUGCCUGCAAUUAGACAUUUAAUGUCGCUUUUCUCUGGGCUUUCUCAUUUAAGAUGAUACAUUCAUUUCAGAUGAUAAAACAUUCCCACAGGUCAUUCAUUCAAAUGAAUGGAAUGAUGGCCCAGAUGGCAACAGCAGAAAACGUUUGCUUUUCCAUGCAAGGGUACGGAUGGAGCGAGCUCCUCCUCUAGAUACCCUCAUCCUUCCAGAAAUCUCUUGGAGAGUUACAAUCCCAUCAGGUUUUAAACUGUCCAGUAUUUUACAUAACUUUAAUGUGGGCCAAAAGUUCAAAUGAAAUAAGAACCUCCAAAGCUAUGCUAGUCUGAUAUGUAGAUGCCCUCCAGACUGCUAAUUUGAUUGUUUAGUUUCUUAUUAAGCCUUAAAAUGCUCUUCGAGUUUAAAAAAAAAAUGAAAUGAAUUACCAGGAAGAAAAGGCACUUUCUCUUGGCCUGGAACACAUCUAGAUUCGACUGAGGUAUUCUUUAUUCUUUGAUAGCUUUAUCAUAUUUUCUAUUUUUCUAAAGCCACUUUAUAGAAGCACAUGGCCAGCUAAAACUUCUAGGUAUAAUACAAAUUGAUUGUGUAGGCCUUCCUUUGUAGGUAGCUAUUGGAAGUGUGUGUGUCAAGUAGAGAGAUGGGAGUUUGGGGGGACUUACUGACUAUCAGAGAGGAAAAUGCUGAAAAUUCAAUGGCAUCUCAUCACUUUAACCCUUUUUAGAUUGUUUGCUAAGAAAAAAUAAAUUCAGUAAUGGAAAAAUUAUGAUAUCCUGUCUUUAGCUGCUCACCAAAUAGUAGGGCUGUCAAACUAGCCCAGCCUAAUGACAUUUUCACUCCCAUUGAGGUUUUCUUUCAGUGUUAAGCCUAAAGCAUUAACCACUGAGCUGUAUUUUCCACCAAGCCCAAAACAGGCACGCAUUUUGAGUUGUAGACUCCCAGCCAGCACUGCUGAGCUACAGCAGGAGCGAGUGGGCGGCAGUUUCUGUCAAGGUCAUGCUAAGGAAAUUAGGCAGGUGCCCAUGAGAUGAAUUUGUAUGAGAUUGGCUUCAUUCAAGGAGAACAUGGAGGCAUUUGUUUGCUUCCCCCUUCCAUAAAAACUCCUCUUCUUUCCAGAAGGAACAGUUAACUUUUAGCCAAGAAUUUUCUUGCUGGAAGAAUGGCUCAAAAGAACAAAAUUUGAUUGUCCCUUGAUUCUCCUCUGGUUGUGGUCAUUUAAAAAAAGUUAUCAUUAAUGGCUAAGAAAACAACAUUCAUUGCCUGUGACUCUUCCCUUAUCUGGUAGUCAUCUUUCAGCACUUCUUCACUCCACUAUUAAAAGGGAAAACCAUAUUGUAGUCACUGGCUUUAGUAAAUGACACUGAAAUUAGUCAAUUUUAUCACAAAGGAGCCUGCCUAUUACCCAGAAGGCAAAUUCAUUGGCUUCUGGCUCCAUUUUGUUUGGUAGCAACAUUCUUUGUGUAAUGCUUCUGGUUCCUUUUGGAGGGGCUAGCCAAAGGUGUAAAGCCACAGCGUGAUCGAUAUUUAUUGUAAACCUAUGGAAUUCUUUGUGAUGCUAACCAAAACUCCUCAGACAUCUGUGAUGGCUCCCAUGUUCCUUAGGAACUUUUGUCUAUUGUUUAUUUGUUGUGAAGGUUUGGGUCCAAAAAGAACUUAAAUAAUGACAAGAACCAAAUGAUGUGUUAUGCUAGAGAAACGAUGAAGAAAUAUUGUUAACUUGGGUAUGAAGUCGAUUUUGUUUUCAUGCAAUGUAUUUCACUAUGUAGUUAGGACCUAAGAAUGCAUCUGCCCUGUAACUUCACACUCUUUCCCAACAAGUCCUGUUCUGUCCCAAAAAUUAUAGUGUAGAUGCAGAAUUCACAUACACAUACCUGCCUAAGGUAUAGUCAGUCCUCUCUUGGUGUGCAAAUAUAUUCUGCUUGGCAUUUUUCUUUGUGACUGGAGUAUAUACCCAUCUGUACUCAUAGAGGCAGCAUGCUACAAUGGGGAAAAAAGCCCAGGAUUUGGACUAAGAGUUUGAAUCAUGUUGCUGCCACUUACUAGCUAUGACCUCAAGCAAGGCACUGAACCUCCCAAGGUCUCAGUUUCCACAUCUGCUAAGUAAGAGAAUGGGCUUCUGUGUCCUUUAAGGUUCCUUCCAACUCUAAAUCUAUGAUCUUAUAUCAGUUCCAAUCUUAAAAUAUGUUGAAACUGGCCUGGACAGAAGUACCAAGUCAAGGCUUCACACAAGAUUUCUUGGCAGAAAUUUUAUCAAUAAAAUUAAGUAUAAGUUGUCAGAGCCCGCUGUUAAUUUAUAUUACUCUCUUUAAAAUACUACACCCUCCUUUAACUCACUGUUUCUAAGCUGAAUAAAAUGACCACAGCCUUUCUAGAAAAGAAGAACUCAGCAGAAUAACUGUGUCCUGGCUCAGGUCUCUUACUAUUCAGUUUUAAAGACCUUCGAUGAGAAAAAGGAACCAAAGUUGAUUAUACCCCCAUUCCAACUUUGCCUAUAGUUUUCCCCAAGAAAAGGCAAGUUGAUUGGCUCUGUUGACAUUGAGUUUGGCCGUGAUCACCGAUCACAGGCCUUGUCUACCAUGCCAAAGUAGCCUGGGCCAGAGGGAAUUGUUUUAUUCCAUUUUUGUUUUCCUACCAAAUAUUUCAGCUUUCAAAUGGAUACCUAGCAGUGCAGAGGUAGAGAGGGAUACAGAUAUGAAAACACUUUAUGGAAGAAGUCUGUAAAUAUAGGACCUGACAGUCCAAAGAGGAAUGAAAUCAUUUGAGGCAUCCCGUCUGGAAAGGGACAUCUCUACCCUGGGAUUCUUCUAGUUGCCAGUUCUCAGCUCUCACAUACAAUAAAUCCAGGUUCUCUUUGAUCAGUGACUGUGUUGUACUAGAUAGAAAAUGCAUCAGUUGCCUUGUCUUGUUUUUACUUGGCUCUAGACAUUGUUCUGCCCCCAUUUCCCUAGUCUACGUGUUUCAGUGAUGCUUGUGAACAGUUAGGUCCUCAAACUCUGUGGUGCUAUUUACUCCUUCCAUACCCAAUGGUGCUUUUGUGGAUGCUAACUGUGUACUUGUGGAACAGAGCUUGAAAUUUAAAAUUCUCUCAUUUAUCUGUUUGUAUGAUGUAAAACAAAAUGACAAACUUGAAUUUGUUUCAGCGUAUCAUUGACAAUCAAAUACAGUGGGGUGUGUGUGUGUGUGUGUGUGUGAAAGAGAGAGAGAGAGAGAGAGAGAGAGAGAGAGAGAGAGAGAGAGAGAGAGAGAGAGAGAGAGAGAGAGAGAGAGAGAGAGAGAUCUGGGAGGGUUGGAUUGCUUUUUUCAGAAAGCAGCUCAGAUCCAAUAUAAAGGUAGGGCCUUCAUCUCAGCAAGAGAUUGGCCCAGGUUUGAGUUCCUUCUUCUUCCUGAGAAUACUUCAGGGUGAGCCCUUUGCAAAGUCCUUUAGUCUGAUUGGCCUUAAGGGUGCAACCUGAUUUACCCCCUGAAUCUUGGAACAGUGAUCCUUCAGAUUGGGAAACAAGCUAGGGAAGAGAAGAGCACAUCUGAAGCCUUUGGAACAGCAGGAACCCUUCCCCAAAGUGGCCUCUGUUGGGGUGGCAGCACAAGGUGAUUGCUCUUUGACAUGAGGGAUGCCCUAAGUUGAUCCAUCUAAAAGAUGGCAAGAAAAAUAACCAAGAAAGACCCAUGAAGAUUUUAUGUCAGUGUAGAAAAACCCACAGGGUCAGGAUGCCUAGGUGUGGCAGCACCCACACAGGUACACUAUAGGCAGGGGCAGUCCCCAAAUAAGCAAGGGGAUGGUGGAAUGAUUUGUGCACUGACUUGUAACAUUUCACCUGACCUCAGAGUGAUCUUCAGAACAAAAUGAGGACUGACAUUUAAGUGAUGCACCAGAUACAGCCAAAACAAAAUAAAAAUGCAGAGAAUUGGUCAGGAAAAUCCAUGGAAAGCAUAUCCCCAAAGUGUUAUAGUCCUUUCCUUAGAGUGGUCUAAAAAAACCACAAACAGAACUGUGAGGAGCCAUAACCAGUAAGAGCCUGCCCACUUGCAUCAAAACAGAAAAGAUCAAGAGAAACAAUGGAUUUCUUUCUCUGACUCAGGCUUUUAAAAAUGAGAAAUCCAGAGUGUCUAAUCAUCACCCUCCUAAAGGCAUUUUAUUUCCACUGUUUUAUCAGCAUUGAGCAUGGGUGCAAGAGUGCAUAUAAGCACACAUACACAAUGAUAGAAGAUCAAAGGACUGAUAAAAAAUUGUAGCUUACCUAUAGAAGAUAAUUCCACUAGCCAGAUGAAAAACAGAGAUUGUGGGUGGUCACCUUAAUGCAACAUCAAAUCUGCUCCUAGGGGUUAUUGGAGAACACAUGAGCUGCUUUUGGGCAGGGGGAGGGGAAUUAAAUCAAUAUAGAUCGCUAUCUAUAUAUCCAGAUUUGUAUCUAAUUGAAAUGGAAUCAUUUACCCCUGCUGUCAACCAAAUUCACUUAUUCUUGUUCUUCACAAUAUUUGUCCUGUCACAAUAAAUUUGCUUACUUGUGUAGUCAA